UGCCUACCAAACACUGUUACAAAACAAGACGAGGAAGAAGGAAACGCCGUGGAUGUGAACUCACCCGAAGGGCUGAGAUUCGAACAGCCUUACGCAUAUUUUUCUUCCACUUCUGACGAUGUAAUAGCGCCGCUGUUCGCCGCCAUGUGAUUUGUAAACACCGGUUCAGUUUUGCGGUGGAUGAACCAGAGAACAUUCCGGAAGGGAACAACGAGGAAGAAGCAAAUGCGAGCGGCUACACCAAGCAGCUAGCGCCAGUGUCCUGAUGGUGUGUUUGACGGGGUGAAGAAGCCUCCUCCGAACAGUGUGCCCCCCCCAUACUACCGCCGUGCAGCCGCCAUGUCCAUCGCCAACACGCCCAGCAGCAACGACGCCUGCCUGAGCAUCGUCCACAGCCUGAUGUGUCACAGGCAGGGCGGCGAGAGCGAGAGCUUCGCCAAGCGGGCCAUCGAGAGCCUGGUGAAGAAGCUCAAGGAGAAAAAAGACGAGCUAGACUCGCUCAUCACCGCCAUCACCACCAACGGCGCCCAUCCUAGCAAGUGCGUGACCAUCCCCAGGACUCUGGAUGGACGACUACAGGUUGCUGGCCGCAAAGGUUUCCCGCACGUGGUCUACGCCAAGCUGUGGCGCUGGCCCGACCUGCACAAGAAUGAACUGAAGCACGUCAAAUACUGCCAGUUUGCCUUCGACCUCAAGUGUGACAGCGUGUGCGUCAACCCCUACCACUACGAGAGGGUGGUCUCUCCCGGCAUCGAUAUAUCAGGACUCAAUCUAACCGGCUCCAGGCCCGGCUCGGCGCUCAUGGUCAAAGAUGAGCACGAUUUCGACGGACAGCAGAGCCUGCCCGCCAUCGAGGAGGGGCGCUCCAUGCAGACUAUUCAACACCCUCCAUCGAGUGGCCGCCCAGGACCGUCUGACAUGUUUGCCCCCGCCAACAUGCUCCCUCCCGCUGAGGCGUCCACCUCUGCCUCCACGUCAUCUUUCCCUACCGUUGCCACAGGAUCAGGAAGCGGCAGCACCACCUGGUCCAGGAGCAGCAGCUUCACCCCCAACACGUCACACCACAGCAACGGUCACCUCCAGCACCACCCUCCCAUGCCGCAGCCGGCUCACUACUGGUCUGUCCAUGAUGAGUUUGCCUUUCAGCCUCCCAUAUCCAACCACCCUGCCCCAGACUACUGGUGCUCCAUCGCCUAUUUUGAGAUGGACCUGCAGGUGGGGGAGACCUUCAAGGUGCCGUCCUCGUGCCCCAUAGUGACGGUGGACGGCUAUGUGGACCCGUCGGGCGGGGACAGGUUUUGUUUGGGCCAGCUGAGCAACGUCCAUCGCACUGAGGCCAUUGAAAGAGCGAGGCUUCACAUUGGGAAAGGCGUCCAGCUGGAGUGUAAAGGCGAGGGGGACGUGUGGGUGCGGUGCCUCAGCGACCACGCCGUCUUUGUGCAGAGUUACUACUUGGACAGAGAGGCGGGUCGAGCGCCAGGAGACGCCGUUCAUAAGAUCUACCCCAGCGCUUACAUCAAGGUGUUCGACCUCCGCCAGUGUCACAGGCAGAUGCAGCAGCAGGCGGCCACUGCUCAGGCAGCGGCAGCGGCGCAGGCGGCCGCCGUGGCAGGAAACAUCCCUGGACCGGGCUCGGUGGGAGGCAUCGCGCCAGCCAUCAGUCUCUCGGCCGCCGCCGGCAUCGGCGUGGACGACCUGCGGCGACUGUGCAUCCUCCGCAUGAGCUUCGUCAAAGGCUGGGGGCCCGACUACCCCCGGCAGAGCAUCAAGGAGACGCCGUGCUGGAUCGAGAUCCACCUCCACCGAGCUCUGCAGCUGCUGGACGAGGUCCUGCACACCAUGCCCAUCGCGGACCCCCAACCUUUAGACUAAGAAGCAGCUCCUUUUAAUUUUUGUAUUUUUUUUUUUUUUGAGGGGUGGUGGAGUGGGGUUUGACGGUGCUGUAGGACAUUGUAGUAUUCCAGAAACACCCCCCCAUAAAGGAAUCACUGUGUAUCCAUCAAGCUGCUGGUAGACAACUAGACCAGAGUGCUGUGUUCUUUCAAGCUGGAUUAUUUACAUACUGUAUAUCAUCUUUAUAGUUGGCUAUGUUUGCCUGUUUUUUUUUUCCCUGACCAGGCUGAUCAAGGAGCAUCUUGGGUACACCAGCACGGUCCAAGUAUGGUCUUACAAACAUGCAAAAUCGACUUAUUAAUGAUCUAAUAGUCAUGUGUGUCAUCACAUGUUUGUUCCACAAGCCAGGCAGGCAGGCUUAACUACACUUCUUUAAAAAAAAAAUUAAAAUAAAUAAAUAAACUAUCAUUUGAUUGUGCAGGUGUACCUAACAUUGUGGAAGACAUCUUGAACUCAGUAUUAAGAGGUGAAAACUGCAUUUUCUAGUUAUUUGAAAUACAUGGUUUUACAUCAAGGAUUUUUUUGUACCUUUUUAUGAAGUGAUUUUAAUAUAUUUUAGCACUCGUCUUGUUUAAUAACCAUUUCAUCGUUCAUAUGCAGCUAGUUAGUGGUUCAUUUGUAUUGUAAAAAUAAUAAAAACAAAACAAAAAAAAACAACACUAAGACACGUUAUGUUAAAUGUUGUGUAUAUGUAGUGCAUGCUUGUGGACUCAUAGCUGAUGCAAAUGAUUUCCAUUGGUUCGCUUUUACGUAAAUAAAACAAUGAUACAAUG